AUGCUUAAUCUACUGAUCUGUCAUUUCUGCUUUCUUUUUCUCAGCGAAUUAAACGCGAUAUUUUCAUCACCUGCGAGUUUGAAUGGCAGUUUCCUUGACCAUCGUAAUGACGAGCAUUUUAAAACCAGUCCUCGAAACCCUGGAAUUGACUUGAAGGCUGCUAUGUUGUUUUUUGAGAAGAUGGUGAAUUCUCCGUAUGCCAAAUUACUACAUCAGGUUACUGUGACUUUAGAGAAUCAUUUGAUUUCCCAGUUACCAACUUCACCGCCGGAUGUCGAGGCCAUGAGAGCCUUUUUGAUUUUACCGGUACUUCCUCUCUUCCGAGAGUCUAAGAAUUAUUUGACCUUUGCUCUGCCGUUUGCUGCAGCCAUUCUCCACUUGGAUGCCAACCCAAGCAAAGUGUUGGACAACUGGUGGUGUUGGGUGGAUGCUGGCUAUUUCUGCCAGCUGGUGGAGCUCUAUAAAGAUGCAGUGGUCUACCUUCUAACCCGGAUGAGGACCUCUCUGCUGGCUCCUGUGUUUAGCCAUUACAUCAUUGACGCUCUCCGGGUUUUGGAAAAGUUGCACAAGGUUAAUUUGAUUGCGAACCAUAUUGACUAUGAGGUAUUCUACAUCCACGAACUGAACAACUUCGUCAACAUUGAAACAGAUUUUCUUUACUGGGCAUCUCAACAUGCUGGAGUAAAAAUCCAGCCAGCUAUCGCAGAGGUCCCCAUUGCUUUCUGCUCCUACCCUUUUGUCUUGAAUGCUCAGGCAAAGACAAAGAUGUUACAAACAGAAGCUGCGUUGCAGAUGCAGAUAGCGGUGAACAGGACCAGCCUAGAGAACAUCUUCAUGCUUCUCACCCUGGGCCCUUUCCUGACCAGUAGCCCCUUCCUGGUUUUGCACGUUCAGCGGACUAAUCUGGUCAGUGACGCCUUGAGGGAGCUCAGCAUCCAUUCAGACGUGGACUUGAAAAAACCUUUGAAGGUGGUGUUCCUGGGUGAGGAGGCCGUGGACGAUGGAGGUGUGACAAAGGAGUUCUUCCUGCUGUUGCUAAAGGAGCUACUGGAUCCUAAAUAUGGGAUGUUCACAUACUAUGAGCAGUCCAGGCUUUUGUGGUUUUCAGAAAAAACAUUUGUGGAGUUGAACUGGUUCCACCUGAUUGGGAUUCUCUGUGGCCUAGCCAUCUAUAACUUCACUGUGGUGGACCUACGCUUUCCCCUUGUGUUGUACAAAAAGUUGCUGAGCGUGAAACCCACUCUGGAGGACCUGAAAGAACUUUCUCCCACCGAGGGCAGCUUUUGUUUUACAGGACAGGUAAUGGCUCUAAGCACAGAGGAGGUUGUCCAUGUGGCAUGUGGCAAGCAUCACACCUUGGCUCUUUGUCAAAAUGGAUCUGUCUUUGGCUGGGGAGCUGGAACCUAUGGGCAACUGGGCAAUGGGAGAUGUUGUGGCAUUGUUCCUCAUCCAAGGAGAGCAGAAUUGACCGGCGUUCCGAUAGUACAGGUUACAUGUGGCCGUUUCCAUUCCCUGGCUCUUUCUAAAGAUGGUGCUGUCUAUUCCUGGGGACAGAAUACCUAUGGGCAGUUAGGACUUGGCAAAGACGUGUACAGCCAGAUACGACCCCAACAUAUCAUCUCUCUCACUGGAAUUCCAGUGGCGCAGAUCGCUGCAGGGGGAAGGCACAGCUUUGUUCUGUCUCUCUCUGGGGCAGUGUUCAGUUGGGGAAGAAACAAUCAUGGACAGCUGGGGCUCAAGAGCACAAUGGAUAAAGUCAGCCCGUGUCAUGUGAAGCAAAUGAAGGAGCUCAGAGUCACAUACAUCUCUUGUGGGAAUCAACAUACCGCUCUACUAACAAAGAAUGGAAGUGUGUUCACAUGCGGAGAAGGAAGAGCUGGGCAACUGGGACUGAGCACAAAAGCUGAUGUGAACGCCUUUCAGAAGGUGGACCAAAUCAAGGACGAGGUAUCGCAGAUCGCCUGUGGCAGUUAUCACACCCUCGCCUACAUCCCAUCCUCUGAUCUUGUGGUUUCGUUUGGUUUUGCAAUCAAUGGAAAAUUGGAGGAAAGUUCAACAAACAAUCAUAUUCAUGCAGAGUCACAGAAUGCCAAAAUUUACAAGAUUUUUGCAGGAGCAAAUGCCAAUUUCAUUCUGACUCAGUGUCCAAUGCCUGCAGCUGAUUUCCGUUGCAGGGACAGUGCGCAGCAGAUUCUCACAUUGAGUGAAGCUAUCGUCAACAAAUGGAUCAACACAGCUGAUUACAGCAAAGAAAGGGAUGAAGCAAAAAAGGAAAUUGAAAUUGUAUUCUCCUCCUCAUCCUGUGUCACCGGGAGUUUUCUGAAGCAAAGUGACGGAGACCAACCUGAAACAGGGACUGACCUUUUGAGUGUUGAUGUGGAAGCAGCCAGGGAAUUAUUUAGGAAGCUUACGAGGAAGGACUGGAUUGUCAAAACAAUAAUUCCAGUUCUGGCACGGUGUUUAAUCCCAAAUCUUAAGAACUUGUGUCAUGACAAAGAAGCACUGAUGAUUUAUUUGAUUCUGCCAGAGAGUUCCUUGAUGCAAUACAAUGAAACUAUGGAAGAUAUGCUUUCUAUCUAUGUGGGAGCCAUUGAGAGGCUAAAUGACGCUUCAAAAAAUAUUCUGAAAAAUUGCUGGUCGACGUUGAAGUCAUCGUAUUUGAACAAUCUUGUCCAAACGUUUAGGGCUGCAGUAGUAAUUUUGCUUACAAACCUCCAUGCCUUGUAUAUAGAAUUGCCAGGCCAUCCUUCAAUUAAUGUAUUGGAAAAAAGUUUAAGGGAAGCUCUGGAUGUUCUAGAACUGGCGUACCAUGCAAAUAUGAAAGCACAGCACAAAAUUCCACAAAACAAAUUCUACAUCGAUGAAGUUCUCCUGUUUGAUGUUGGCUUUGAAGUCAUUAGAUUUAAAGAACAUCAACUACGGCCCAAUGGGUUAGAAGAAAAGAAGGUCCCACUUUGUUGCUAUCCAUUCAUCUUCAAUUUAAAUGCCAAGAUUCAGAUACUUCACAUGAAUUCAGUUUUGGAGAAAACUAAAGCCUUUGUUGAAGCAAUGAAUUUCACAUGCCGUAACAUCUGCAUGGGAAACCCUGAACACCCCAAGUAUCCCAUCUUCAAACUGAACGUUAACCGCCAAGAUUUGGUCACUGAUACUUUUAAGAAGCUGAUACAAGUUGAUGAGGAGGAUCUGAGGAAGGAACUCAAGGUGAAGUUUGAUGGAGAACCGGAUGAGGAUCUGGGAGCUAUAAGGCAGGAAUUCUUCCUUUUUCUCUUUAGAGAGUUGAUUCAGCCAGAUUCCAGAAUGUUUAUUUACAGUGAAGACUUCAGAAUCAUUUGGUUUCCCCCAGAGAUCUCAGUGCCCAUUAAAAACUACCAUCUGCUUGGAAUACUGUGCGGCCUUGUUGUGUAUAAUUUCAGUGUGGUCUACAUCCCAUUCCCGCUUGCACUCUUCAAGAAGAUACUGGGUAUGAUGCCCACAUUGGAGGAUCUGCAGGAGCUACAGCCUUCUUUGGAGAAAAUACUGCAGCAUAUUCUGGACAAUGACGAGGACCUAGAUGUGGACAUAAACUUUUCUAUUAUCUGGGAGAAUAAGGAGGUUGAGCUCAUUCCAAAUGGCAGGGACCAGCCUGUGAUGAAGGAGAACAAGGAAGAAUAUGUGAAUGCCUGCGUCAAUUACAUAUUCACAGCAUCAGUCAAAGAACCCUUUGAUGCGUUUCGAAGAGGUUUCUAUAAAGUUUGCGACAAGACUCUACUAAAGUUCUUCCAGCCACGAGAGCUGAUGGACAUAUUGAUUGGAAACGAUGACUAUGAUUGGAACAUGCUGGAAAAGAAUACCACAUACAGCGGCAAUUACAGCAGAUCACAUCCAACCAUUGAGAUAUUUUGGAAAGUGUUCCAUGAACUGUCUUUGGCUGAGAAGAAGAAAUUCCUGUUAUUUCUUACAGGCAAUGAUCGUCUUCCAGUGAUGGGAAUGGUGCGUGUUAACAUGCAUAUUAUCUGGAGUCCACUGUCAGAAGACAACUACCCGGAGGCAGAUGUCUGCUUUAGUAACCUGAGACUUCCAGAAUACAGCAGCAUUGAAAUUUUGAAAAAGCAACUGCUGACAGCCAUUAACACUAAAGAAAGAUUUGACAAAUUGUGAAGCACAUUUACAAUGAGAGGAAAAUUUAUUACAUCCCAUUUGGACUGUAUUUUAACUUCUAAUAGCAUGAUCGUCAGCACUUGCAUCAUCCUAGCUUAUCACAGUUACCCAUCCACAUCAGGCAAAUGACGCUAACCAAAAAAAAAACCAAAAGAACUGCGGAUGCUGUAAAUCAGGAAUUAAAACAAAGUUGCUGGAAAAGCUGAGCAGGUCUGGCAGCAUCUGUGGAG